CGGGGAGGAUAAGACCAGGGGACGGGCUUCUCGGGAGGACAGGUCCAGAAACGCCCGAGAGGCCAUCCGUCCAACUUCCGCUGGGGAGAGGGGAACAAAAGGGCCCAAACGAAGCUGGACGGCUGUCCAAGGAACACGCAGAGCUGUGUGGGGAAAUUGAGCCACUUAGGAGAUGGCCACCAAACAGACUGAGCCCGUCACCAUCAUCAGCCUUCGCAAGUUGAGCCUGGGGACCCCAGAGCCACAGCCGAAAGAGCCCAAGACGUUCACCGUGGAGGACGCGGUGGAGACCAUCGGCUUCGGCCGCUUCCACAUCGCCCUGUUCCUCAUCAUGGGCAGCACGGGGGUUGUGGAGGCCAUGGAGAUCAUGUUAUUAGCCGUUGUGUCUCCUGUCAUCCGCUGUGAAUGGCAACUGGAGAACUGGCAGGUGGCAUUAGUGACCACGAUGGUGUUUUUUGGCUACAUGGUUUCCAGCAUCCUCUUUGGCCUCCUGGCUGACAGAUACGGCCGCUGGAAGAUCUUGCUGAUCUCGUUCCUGUGGGGAGCCUACUUCUCCCUGCUGACCUCUUUCGCUCCCUCGUACAUCUGGUUUGUCUUCCUGCGGACGAUGGUGGGCUGUGGCGUGUCCGGCCAUGCACAAGGGCUAAUCAUAAAGACUGAGUUUUUGCCCACAAAAUACCGAGGCUAUAUGCUACCCUUGUCUCAGGUGUUCUGGCUGGCCGGCUCCCUGCUCAUCAUCGGCCUGGCCUCUGUGGUCGUCCCCAGCAUCGGGUGGCGCUGGCUCAUCCGCGUGGCCUCCAUUCCGGGCAUCAUCCUCAUCGUGGCCUUCAAGUUUAUUCCUGAGUCUGCUAGGUUCAACGUCUCCACCGGGAACACUCGGGCUGCCCUGGCCACUCUGGAGAGCAUCGCCAGGAUGAACCGCGCGGCCAUGCCGGAGGGGACGCUGGUGGAGCCCAUCCUGGAAAAAAGAGGAAGAUUUGCAGACCUGUUGGAUGAUAAGUAUUUACGGACCACAUUGCAGAUCUGGGUCAUAUGGCUGGGGAUCUCUUUCGCCUACUACGGGAUCAUCCUGGCCAGCGCCGAGCUGCUGGAGCGGGACCUGGUCUGCGGGUCGAAGCCCAAGGUGGUGGAGACCGCGGGGGACCCGGAGAGUCAGAGCCCCUGCCACUGCCACAUGUUCGCCCCCUCCGACUACCAGACCAUGAUCAUCAGCACCGUGGGCGAAAUUGCCCUGAAUCCUUUGAACAUGCUGGGCAUCAACUUCCUGGGGAGACGGCUGAGUCUUUCCAUCACCAUGGGGUGCACGGCGUUGUUCUUCCUUCUCCUCAAUAUUUGCACUUCAAGCGCCGGCCUGAUUGGCUUCCUCUUCAUGCUGAGGGCUCUGGUGGCUGCGAACUUCAACACCAUCUACAUUUACACAGCCGAGGUCUACCCCACCACCACGCGUGCUCUGGGGAUGGGAACCAGCGGCUCCCUGUGUCGCAUCGGUGCGAUGGUGGCACCAUUUAUAUCCCAGGUUCUUAUGAGCGCAUCAUUCCUAGGGGCCCUGUGCCUCUUCUCAUCUGUCUGUGUCAUAUGUGCCAUUUCUGCAUUUACUCUCCCCAUUGAGACCAAAGGACGGGCCCUACAGCAAAUUAAAUGAAGACCUGCAAAGCUAUGGCUACCAAAGGAGAAAAAUGCAUUUUAUUAUUGUCAGAAUUGUGGUAUAUUUUUUAAAACUUGGUUUUACUUCUGUAUGCUACUCAGUAAUUAAUAAACUGAUUAUGUAUUUUUAAAAAAGGCACAUAUGGGAAUGGGAUGGGUAACUGUAUUGAUCUUCCUUGAGAAAGAACUUCUAUUAAAAAUUAGAAAGGUAUGAGUUCAAGAUGAAAGGACUAAGAUGGCUUUUCUUCCUUGACAUCAAGUCUAUUAACUUUUAUAUGAAUAAAUACUAAAUCUUAUAAAAAAAAGGUAUCUGAUAUUCUUCCAUGAGGUUUAUAACUAAACAAAUUCUAUAGCUAAGGCCAAGAACUUGGAAUGAUAUCAUCAAACCUUUCAAAACACCUAGAAUCAUCAAGCUCUAACUUAUGGCCUCUAUUAAUAAAAACUGCUUAUUCAUAAAAUGCUUAAUGUAGAAUAAGUCUUACAUAUAAUCAGAUACAUUCCCUAUUUCUACUCUAAUUUUUUUUUUAUGGGGGAAUCUUUGCUUUCUAUGAUAUGAAAAUUAAUUAUAGGCAUAUCUUGUUUUAUGGUGCUUGGCAGAUGCUGCAUUUUUUUUUUUUUAAUAAAUUGAAAAGGUUUGUGGAAACCCUGUGUUGAAUAAGUCUACUGGCACCAUUUUUCCAACAACAUGUGCUCACUUUCUUGUCUGUCAUGUUACUUUUCCAUUACAUAUGUUAUGGUGAUCUAUGAUCUUUGAUGUUACUAUUGUAAUUGGGGAUAUCAUAAAAUGUAUCUGUAUAAAGCAAACUUAAUACAUGAUGUAUGUUCUGGCCAAUCAGCUAUUCCCUCACCUCUCUUAUACUGUGAGACACAAUAUCGAAGUUAUGCCAAUUAAUAACCCUACAUGGCCUCUAAGUGUUCAAGUGAAAGGAACAAUCAUACAUCUCACUUUAAGCCAAACGUUAGAAAUGAUUAAGCUUAGUGACAAAGUCACAUGGAAAACUGAAAUAGGCAGAAAGCAAGGCCUCUUGUGCCAGUUAGCCAAGUUGUGAAUCCAAAGAAAAAGUUCUCGAAGGAAAUGAAAAGUGC